AUGCCUGCUCCUCCUCCGCCGCCGCCGCCGCCGCCGCCUCCUCCUCCUCCAGGCAUGGGCGGCCCUCCUCCUCCACCACCCCUACCUGGAGCAUCUCUUCCUGCGGCUCCCCCCAAAUCAGUCGCGAAGGGCCGGGAUGCUUUAUUAUCAGAUAUAACGAAAGGAGCCAGACUGAAGAAGGCCGUCACGAAUGAUCGCUCCGCACCGGUGAUUGACAAGAAAUCUGGAGGCGGAGGAGGCCCUAUAGCAGGAGCACCACCUGUCCCUGGGAUGGGAUUGAAGACCCCGGGAGGUCUGGCACCUCCUGUUCCCGGCGGGAAUCGAGCUCGAAGCAACAGUGACACCGGUUCGGAUGCAACCUCGAGCUUGGGAGGUGCUCCUCAGUUAGGCGGCCUUUUUGCAGGAGGAAUGCCAAAGCUGAAAAAGACUCGAGGAGGCAUUGACACGGGUGCUGGACUUGAUGGUCACCAUUCAGACUCAGAGGCUAUACAACCCUCCGCACCACGGAUUCCCUCAGGUGCAGCUCCUCGACCACCAUCCAUGCCUGCUCCGCCGAUCCCAGGCGGCAGACCUCCUAUUCCACCGUCAGCAGAUUCUGCGCCGAUGGUGCCCAGUCCACUGGCACAUUUGAAAAAGCCCCCGCCAAAGCCAUUAUCAAAACCAUCUUCAGUAGCAAAUCUGGUUGCUGGAAAACCUCCGCCGCCGCCUCCGACGUCUCGCAAAGUGAGCACAGCUACAGCACCGCCUGCACCGCCUCCGCCUCCGCCUCCAUCUUCCAGUCCAGCUCCCCCUUCAGCGCCCCCUCCACCACCGUCGAUAAGCCCAGCUCCCCCUUCAGCACCUCCUCCUCCGCCGUCGAUAAGUCCGGCGCCCCCAGCUCCGCCUCCACCUCCGCCUCCUCCAGCAUCUAGCUAUGCACCUCCGGCACCACCUCUCCCUCCUACAACAAGUCCGGCACCACCAUCGGCUCCUCCACCGCCUCCUUCAGCAAGUCCAGCUGCACCACCGCCUCCUCCCCCUCCGCCGCCACCAAGCAGUGCACCUUCCCUUGCGCCUCCGCCAUCAUUACCACCUUCUGUGUCUCCAGGACCGCCGUCCAGAUCUACACCUCCUCCGCCUCCACCAGGACCACCACCACCGGCUACUUCGCCUCCAGCAACAAAUGGCGCAGCAUCAUCAUUUGCAUUGCAAGCAGCUGCUGCAGCCUUUGGGCGGAAACCUUCCUACGGUAUAUCUGAAGGUCCUCCUUCUCCUUCGUCGCCAGCCAUUUCCCCCCCGCCUUCGCGAGCAAUAUCUCAGCUUCCGUCACGAUCAACACUAGAUGCCAGCUCCUACACGCUUUCCAAUGGCAAUUCACUGGGCUCUCCAGGUCGAUCUGGAUCGUUCAGGGUCGAGGACAGCAGAUGGAAAUUCCAAGACGAAAGUCAGCUACCCGUGCCGCGGAAUUUUACAGGGAUUCCCAAGCGGUAUAGGGCAGGCAGAGGGAGUAGCGUUCCACUUGAUCUUUCCCAGUUCGAAUGA